GGUAACACUCUACAUGAAAUCUGAAACAGCUGCAAAGAAAGGGAAAAAAGACUAUAGUCACUGGGUUCCAAAAUGAGGAAAGAAAUAUGUUCAUGUGCCUUUUGGAGGGCAGUGUUUGCUGAAUUUCUGGCUACCUUAAUCUUUGUGUUUUUUGGAUUAGGCUCAGCUCUGAGAUGGCCAUCUGCCCUCCCGACAGUCCUUCAGAUCGCUUUGGCUUUUGGUUUGGUAAUAGGCACCCUUGUCCAGACCAUAGGUCAUAUUAGUGGAGGUCACAUAAAUCCUGCAGUCACUAUAGCAUUUCUAGUGGGAUCUCACAUUUCCAUUUUAAGAGCUUUUUUUUAUAUUGUCGCCCAGCUUUUGGGAGGACUAGCUGGUGCAGGCAUACUUUUUGGUGUGGUUCCACCAAGUAUCAGAGGAAACCUUGCCAUCAACACGCUCAGUAACAACACCAGUGCAGGAAUAGGCGUCGCUGUGGAGUUGAUUCUUACCUUUCAACUGGUUUUGUGUAUUUUCGCUUCAACAGACAGUCGCCGGACUGAUAAUGUUGGCUCCCCAGCAUUGUCAAUUGGACUCUCUGUAACUCUAGGCCAUCUUGUGGGGAUCUAUUUCACUGGUUGUUCUAUGAAUCCUGCACGGUCUUUUGCUCCAGCUGUUAUAGUGGGAGUCUUUCGAAACCACUGGGUCUUCUGGGUUGGACCAAUUCUAGGGGCUUGUCUUGCAUCCCUGGUUUAUAAUUACAUUCUGUAUCCAUAUAUGAGAAACAGAGAAGAGAAGAUGGCCAUAUUUUUAGGGAUCUAUGACGCUGAAGAAGAAGACUGGCAUGAGAAACAUGAACAGCACAAAAGGCGAUCAAUAGAGAGCUCUGAUCGUAUAAAUAAGCCUUUCUCCAUGUAACAUGUAUACUCUCAUAGAACUGCAAAUAGCGACAAACACUCUGAAAGACACUUGUUUGAAAACAGAAAAGCAGCAGUGACUGCGCUGGAGUCAAGUUAAUUCUUAUCAUGUCAAAAUCUUAUAAUCCCGGAAAGACAUCUGCACAACCCAAUUGUUUUGUGUGGUUUUCCAUUAUUACAUAUCAUAGAAUCAUAGAAUUUGACGGCAGAUAAGAACCAUUCAGCUCAUCUGG